UGGGACUCUGACUCAUUCUGAGAGUGUUGUAGCUAUAGAUGCAGACUGUGGCCAUGUUCCUUGAUUUAGCAAGGCACAUCUUUGUCCUUAGAUGGUCUUCGAAAUGAAGUAAUAGGCUUUGAAACAUCAGUGGGACAUGAUUAAACUGUCUGGGGAAGGAUUACUGCACACUCGCUAUAGUGCAAAUGAUCAAAUCGCCCUUAAAAACCUCCAGUCUGAUGUUACAGAGAGGAAGUUGGACUUCACCAAGGAGACAUUGGCAUCACAGAACACAAGAAUGAUACCACCUGUUGUCAUUUCCCGGCUGAUUGAUGGAAAGAAAUCAGUGGAAAAUGGAGCUGUGUUGCCACAAGCGAUUGCUCAGCCUCAGCUGCAUCCCACAAAGCCAGCUUUGCCCAGGCACGGUGGAGUGAGCACGCACAGGCCAUUUGCUCUAUCUCCAGACAAAUUAGGAAUUUUGACUCCAUCGGAUGAACAAAGACUAGAGACAGAACCACUGUCUACGCGGGAUAAUCUAGGCAAAGUCCCCCACAGUGGGUUCUCAUCUAUCACCAUUACUGCCCGACGUGUGGGCCCUCCAGCCAGCAACAUGGUAUGGGACACUUUUAGGGACCCACAAUGUCCCAAUUGUGAGGCCAAGGAUGCUCUGUUCCAAAGCCCCCCAGUUCUGGCUAGUGGUGCUCAUCUAUGUCAGCAUAAUAGACCGUUCACCUGUACAGAGUUCCCCAGCAAUGGCUCCGCAGAGGGACUGAAGGUUUCCCAGGCUCACUCAAGGCUGUGUGCAAGGCAGGACUACUGGGUCACCCAAAUGGAUGACAAUGAGGACAGUUUUUCUUCAGACAAUUCACCAUCAAAAAAAGUCCCAGUGGUGUUCAGUUCUUGUGUCCACCUCCGGGUGUCUCAGCACUGUCCCAAUGCCAUUUACUAUUUGGACAAGUCUCUUUCUGUCCCCCUUGAGCAACCUCAAAUUGCUAGCCCCAAAAUGCACAGGUCUGUCCUGUCUCUCAGCCUUCGCUGUAGUUCCCACCAGUUAACAGCAGAUGGAGUAGACAGCCCAGCUAAUGGAGAGCCAAUCAACAGAGCUCUAUCACAGGAACUCCAGGGAAAGCAGGACUCACAAUGGGGCCAGCCACAAGAAGGUCACUGGAAGGAGAGCCCAGCAUUGGUGCCAGUACAUUUGGGAAGUGGCCCAUGCCCUCGGACUGGCUCUCCUCCACUGGAAAAUGUCGAAUUUGGAGAUAUGGGAAGGAACCAGGUCCCAGUACGAAAGGAGAAAGAGGACCAUGCAACAUGUACCAGUAGCAGCCAUGCCAACCAACUCUCAAUCCAUAUUCCUGGCUGGAGUUACAGGGCUGAAACAAAAGUACUUUCUGGAAGCAAGAAGCAGCAACAAGAAGCACAAAGAACUCUUCCUGCUUGCCCAGUGGGACAGAAGCCCAUUAAACACUUCCCUCCUGAUGGGGACAGUUCACCAAGCAGUAAUGGUCAGCCUAGCAUUCCUCCUGAAUCCCACGAGAGGCAAUACUCAUACUUCAUGACAUCCAGAGUCCCUCUGCCUGGGUUUUAUUGCCCUUUACAAACUGUGUGUGCCUCUCUGCAGGAAGAUGGUGCUGUUCAGAUAGAAACACAAUUCCCAAAAGAUUACACGUGCUGUGACUUGGUUGUAAAACUAAAGGAAUAUGAGAAGCAUGAAGACCCCACUGUCACACCUGAGCCCUCACCAGCAACCCACUCUCCAUCAACCCCAGGGGUACCACAGAGCUCUGACCCAUCGGAAGAUAGUUAUGAGCCUCUGCUGGCAAGCUCUAUGACCUUGCAGGAAGCACUGGAAGUCCAUAGACCUCAGUUCAUUUCUCGCUCACAAGAACGGCUGCAAAAACUUAAGCACAUGGUACAGCAAAGGAAAACCCAACAAAAGGAGAGCCUGGGGCAGAAGCAGAGCCUACUUCCUGUCCGCGCCAACAAGAAGCAGUUCACCAUUCCCCAUCCUCUUAGCGAUAACUUGUUCAAACCCAAAGAAAGAUGCAUUUCAGAGAGGGAGAUGCAUAUGAGAUCUAAAAGAAUCUAUAAUAACUUGCCGGAAGUUAGAAAGAAAAGAGAAGAGCAGAAGAAAAGAGUGCUCUUACAGAGUAACAGACUCCGAGCAGAAGUCUUCAAAAAGCAAUUACUGGACCAGCUCCUUCAAAGGAAUGCAGUUUGAUCCCAGGUGGCUCUGCUAGCCCAGCCUUGAUCUGGGACACUUCUGGCGACUCUGGAUGAACCAUUAAAUUUAACAGUAUCUCCACACAUGAAAGACACUUUUACUUUACUUCUGAUUUUUUUCCCACGAAGGAAAUGUCACUUUCUGAAUGUCCCAAAGAAAAGCAACAGUUCUGCAGACAAUAAAUAGAUCAGCAGUCCAUUGCUGGGACUGGGACUUCAACCUCUUGGAACCUACCAGACUUAGACCCUUAAUUUUUUUUUUUUUUGGAGUGGGGGGCUGUGAAGUUUACCUAUUGCUUCUGAAGUUUCCAUUAUACCAUUUCCACCCAAGCAGGAAAGCUUUACAUAUUCAAGUGUGCUUGGAUGCUUGGGUUUUUUGGAGGGGGCAUUUUUUUUUUCCAAAAAUUUGAGAAGCAAAACUCUAUCACAUUUUAACUUCCAAUCCCAACGGCUACCAGUUCUGAAAUCUAAAGUCAAAGUUUGCGUUGUGCACACAUCAUGGAGUGCCAGAGGCUGACUUUGAGAUGGACAGAUGGAGAGGCGGAACACACAACAAGCAGGUGAGCCCUCUGCCUCUCUCCUGCCCCACCCACAGUGCCUGCCUUUGUUAGCCAGAGCACCUGUUUCAGUGGGAGCCAGGAGAAUGACUGAGUAAAGCUGGCAGCGUCUUCACCACCCACGCACAGGAAGUUAUCUUGACCAAAUGGCCUAGCAGUACCCAUUCUUAUUUAUUCUUUCAAGCACUCUUUCUAAAUAUGUAUCUGUGGAGUUAACAAAUUAGUUUUUGCAACCAACGUGGAAAUAAAAGCAGUUAUUUGAAAUACAA